AUGGAUUACAACUCUGGCUGUCAGUUCUCAGCCGAUACCCUCGUUAUUGUACCCGACAAUAUAGCGGUUAUACAGAGCGUAGUCAAAGGCUGGACAAUAGGCUCACUCUAUGACUGGGUUAUCACUACAGGAGGGACAGGAUUCGGUCCUAGGGAUCUAACUCCGGAAGCCAUAGCUCCUCUUAUAGAAAGACCGGCGCCUGGACUUAUCCACCUGAUAAUGAGCGAGUCCCUUAAGCACACACCCCUGGCGGCUCUCUCGCGCCCAGUUGCUGGUUCGAUUAGGAAUACCCUCAUCACAACGCUGCCUGGGAGUCCUAAAGCUGUCAAAGAAAAUCUCUCCGCCCUGCUGCAGGGUGGGGUAGUAUCGCACGCACUAGAUCUCCUGACAGGGGGGAAAGAGAGCGGACAGGUGCAUACAAAACUAGGCGUACCGGAAAGAACAUCUGGAACCGCUGGGACCUCACCUGGCACGCACCUACACCCGCACGGUCACCAUCACCACCACCAUCAUCAUCAUGAGCACCACAAACAUGGGCAUCAAAUUCCUGUCCCCAGGACAUUGUCCCAUGAUCCUGACUUACCUGUCUCUCAAAGAAACAGAGUUUCGCCCUAUCCCCUGAUUUCCAUGGAUGAAGCAAUAAAAUUAGUUCUCCAGGUGUCCGAACCUUUAGAAUCCGUAGGGUUGGAGGUGAAUUCUCGCCUUGCUGGGCACGUUCUCUCUGAAGACGUUAUGGCUCCUCAUGAACUUCCUGCGAGUCCCACCACAAACGUUGACGGCUAUGCUGUAAAAGUACCAUACAAGAAAGGUGUCUUCAAAGUCCUUACACCGGCAACCCUUAAACUCGGAUCGGAGGUUCCGACUGGCUCCGUUUAUCGUAUCAACACAGGUGCCCCUCUUCCUUCAGGAACCAAUGCCGUGAUUAUGGUUGAAGAUACACGGGUUGGUUCACAGUUCUCUGCUGAAGAAGGGCAAGAAGGGGAAGAAAAAACGGUCGAAUUACUAGCGGAAGUUGAUGUUGGUGAAAACGUGCGCAAAUCCGGGUCUGACGUACGUAUCGGCGACAGAGUAUUGGCUGCAGGCGACGUUGUUAGCGGGCUUGGUGGGGAAGUUGGAGCACUGGCAUUUGUUGGGAGAAAACAAGUUCAAGUAUACCGGAAGCCCGUGGUCGCUUUGCUGAGUACCGGGAACGAGCUAGUAGAUCUGCAAGAGCAAUCAUCUCAGAUAGAAACAAGCGAGGGAUGGAGUGGUGUAGUAGACACAAACCGUCCAAGCCUCAAAGCGGCUCUCGAGGGACUGGGAUACGAAGUAAUUGAUAUGGGCAUUGCCCAUGAUAAUAUUGAUGCCCAUAUUAGUGCUCUGUCUGAUGGAAUAUCUCGUGCAGAUAUACUCGUAACUACAGGAGGGACAAGCAUGGGUGCAUCCGACUUACUCAAGCCUUUACUGGAGCGCAACCUUAAAGGAGUUAUUCAUUUUGGUCGAGUGGCUAUGAAACCAGGAAAGCCAACUACUUUUGCUAGUGUCCCGGCUACUAAUGGUGGGCGAGAUAAACUGGUAUUUGGCCUUCCUGGGAACCCCGCAUCUGCGCUCGUUACGUUUUACCUUUUCGUUCUUCCUGCCCUGAGACGGCUUGGGGGAUGGGCCCCAGAAGCCGCAGAGCUUCCCCGCGUUCCAGUCGAGCUAACCGAAUCAUUGCCGUUAGAUCCUCGGCCUGAAUUUCACCGUGUACACGUACGGGUCACGGCAUCCGGUUUGAAAGCAUUCUCAACCGGCGGCCAAAGAUCAAGUCGUGUUGCAUCUCUCGCAGGCGCGAACGGGCUUGUCGCAUUGCCAGCUCUAGUUGAGGAUGGUCCAAAGGUCCUAGAAAAGGGUCAAAUAGCGAAGCAAAAUGUCACUGAAUUCUCGACUACACGCCAAGGGAUCUCGGGACUCAUCAUACUGUCAUGUGCAACGGCUCCCGAAGCAUAUAACCAGUGUGAUGGAGCUCGAGUCAGCAUCAACCGUCUGUUUCCCGUAAACCACAAGCCAGCCAUGUCUGCAGUUAAAAUUGAUUGGGGCAAAGUUGAAAAUCCUACCUUUGCCUUCCAACAGUUCCCAAGUCGAAGGUCAGUUGUGUAUGGGAGAAAAGGUGUUGUUUCAUGUACCCAACCUCUGGCUGCUGAAGCUGGACUGGAAAUACUAAGGAAGGGUGGAAAUGCAGCUGAUGCUGCUGUGGCGGUCUCAGCUGCCUUGAAUGCUACUGAGCCAACAUCGUGUGGAAUUGGCGGCGACGCCUUUUGCUUGUUCUACGAUGCUUCAAAGAAAACUGUCCAAGCUCUGAAUGGGUCUGGUCGCUCUCCAAAGGCCCUCAAUAUUAACGUCGCACGAAAAAAUGGUGCUAUAGGCAGGCAACUGACCGAGAGGGACCUAAACUCUGUGACAGUCCCAGGCGCUGCGGCUGCAUGGGUUGACACUGUGGCUAGGUUUGGUAGUGGGAAAGUCUCGUUUGAAGAGGUCAUGACACCUGCUAUUCGUCUAGCAGAAGAGGGUGUCCCUAUAUCCGAGCUUACUGCCAAUGGUUGGAAACGCUCCGAGGGUUUGAUUAAGUCUGCGUCACCAUCUGCCGACAGUAUGCUCAUCAACGGCCGUGCUCCCCUACCUGGCGAAGUUAUGCGGCUACCAGAUCUCGCACAGACGUUUAGAACUCUCGUAAGCGAGGGAAAGAGAGGGUUUUAUACUGGUCGCAUCGCCGAGGCUAUCGUGGAGUUGAUAAAGAGCAAAGGGGGUGUUAUGGAACUGAGCGAUUUGGCGGAACACAACACCGAGUUUGUGGAGCCCAUCAAAUACACUUACGCCGGAGAAGUGACUUUGUGGGAGUGCCCACCAAAUGGUCAAGGACUCACUGCGCUGAUGGCGCUUGGAAUUUUAGAGGCCGCAGAGGAAACUGGAAAAAUAAAACCGCUUCUGGAAAUGGACCAUAAUUCCGUGGAAUAUCUUCACGCUCUGAUUGAAGCUCUACGUCUCGCUUUCGCUGACACCCAGUUUUACGUGUCUGACCCCAAGGUGACCAAAGUUCCUGUGGAGGAAAUGCUCAGCAAGGAGUACCUUAAAAGGCGUGCAGAGAAGUUCAACGCAAAUGCAUCAAUCCCGGAUGUUUAUCAUGGAAACCCCACUGCCUCGACAGACACUGUAUAUUUCUCGGUUACUGACCAAUGGGGCAAUGGAUGUAGUUAUAUCCAAUCGAACUAUGCUGGCUUUGGCACCGGAGGUAAGAAUACAUGCAACGUUCGUGGCCCUCUCUUACCCGAUACGAUACUGGAAGCCAUUCCCAAGGGUUGUGGAUUCACUUUACAAAACCGGGGAUCCGGUUUUGUUCUUGAAGAAGGGCACCCGAACCAACUUGCAGGGGGCAAGCGACCUUACCACACCAUUAUUCCGGCCUUAGCAACCCGUGGAGACGAACUAUUCUUGGUUUAUGGCGUGAUGGGUGGCUUCAUGCAGCCUCAAGGACAUAUCCAAGUGCUCCUCAAUAUUCUUCGUGGGUUUACACCCCAAGCUGCACUUGACGCGCCUCGAUUCUGCAUUUCGGCUGGUAGUCCAGAUGCCAGUGUCGCUAACGCGACCAAUGCUGGGGACAUUAAUAGUGAGGUCUACUUCGAAGAUGGAAUUCCAGUGGAGACUGUCGAAAAGCUCAAAGAAAUGGGUCACGAUGCACAUCGACUUUCCGGAUUUUCUCGUGCAAUGAUGGGACGUGGACAGGUCAUCCAAAAACUGUCCGUGAAGGAAUUGGUGUGGGCGGCUGGAUCGGACCAGCGCGGAGAUGGACAUGCCAUCGCACAGAUUUAG